AGCGUGCCUCGGGUUCCGGGCCGCUCGGAGAACGAUGGUUUUCCGGCGACUGCUGGCGGCCUUGCUGCACAACCCGCAGCUGGUGGAGCGGCUGUCCGAGUCGCGGCCCAUCCGGCGGGCGGCGCAACUCACAGCCUUCGCGCUGCUACAGCUGCAACUGCGCGGCCGCGAUGCAGCCCGCCGUCUGCGCGCCCUCGCGGAUCAGCCCCCGGGUUCCCUGGGUCGCCGCGCCGCGAGGUUCAAGGACACUUUCACCGAGGAAUUCCGCCGCGGCGUCCAGGACCGUCCAGGGCAGCAGAAGGGUCCGGGCGCCAAAGCGUAAGCACGGACUGGACUCCCACGGGCCGAGGUCACGAACCCUCCUCCCUCCAGUGAUCUACACCGACCUCAGCAUUCGCGAGUCAUCUCCAGGACGCUACGCUGCUUGGAAUCCUAACUCGGAUUGUCCUACCGAUAAAGUCAAAUGGACAUGUGCCCGGUAGUCCUACAGACGUGAAGACCUCGGAGCCCACUAGUGAUAAAAGAGUCUAGGCCAUAAGAUAGCACGAACGACUGAGAGCCAUGGGCAACCAACCAGAAAGCAAGCCUGCCUUCUGCAAGCAGGUCUGAAGCUGAGUAAAUGCUGCUGCGUCUGCACUGGUGCAGGAGAAUACCAGGGAAACUUGUAAAUGGAAUGACAACCCCGAGGUUGCUAAAGCCUUUCAUUAAAUGUGUAAGCGGA